UGUCUGUGUGUGUGCGGGUGUCUGUGUGUGCGUGUGUGAGCGUUCCCCCCCCCCGCCUCCGCAUCCCUCCCGCCCCGGGGGGACGGUCCCGGCUGCCGCCCCCACCUACUCCCCGCCGCCACACGGGGCAGGAGGAGCUCGGGGGGGGGGGGGGGAAGUUUCUCGGCGAUUAAUGGGGCGGGGGGGCACAGGGAGAGCGGAUAAACCCAGCCUGUGAUGCCUAUAAAUGGCGUUUCUCGUCCAAGGUGCACAUUUAAAAAAAAAAAAAAAAGAAGAAGAAGAAAAAGAAGGGGAAAAAAUCCCCGGGCCGUGUCAUCCCCCCGCGUCAGGGCCGGUGGUGGGCGUGAGGCUGUACUUCCUCCGCCCCCUCCUAAUGGAGCGAACCAUUCCCAGCUAGUCCUCCUCGCCCUCUCCCUCUGCCUCCCUCUUUCUCUCCUUCUCCUCUUGUCUCCCCCCCUUGUCUGCAAAGUCCUCCGCUGCUCGGAACUUGUUGGCAAUGCCUAUUUUUCAGCUUUCCCCCACGUUCUCCAAAGUAACUAUUUAAAGAUCUGCAGCCGCAAAUGGUUUUACUAAAUGUAGGAUGGGACUUAAGUUGAACGGCAGAUAUAUUUCUCUGAUCCUUGCUGUACAGAUAGCGUACCUGGUGCAGGCGGUGAGAGCGGCGGGGCGGUGCGAUGCGGUCUUUAGGGGCUUCUCGGACUGUUUGCUGCGGCUGGGCGAUAACAUGGCCAACUACCCGCAGGACCUGGACGACAAGAGAAAUCUCCAAACGAUCUGCGCGUACUGGGAUGAUUUCCACGCCUGCACCCUCACAGCGCUCACCGAUUGCCAGGAAGGAGCGACAGACCUCUGGGAGAAAUUGAGACGGGAAUCCAAAAACCUCGAUUUCCAAGGCAGCUUAUUUGAACUGUGCGGAGGCGGCAGCGGCGCGGCACCGUCCCUCCUCCCGCCGGCUUUGCCCCUGCUCCUGGCGGCUCUGUGGGCCGCGCUAGUGACCUGGCUGCCUUUCUAGGGGGGGCGAGCACACCCACACCCACACCCCCUCCAUGUGCUGGAUCUAUAGAGGAAGUGUCCAUCCGUUGCUUUGGGGACGUUGUGCUUUUCUGUGGUUGAUGAUGAUGAUGGUGGUGGUGGUGGCUGAUGAUGGUGAAACACCCAUGUAGGACUGUGGAAGCGUUCUCCUUUUUUUUUUUUUUCUUUUUUUUUUUUUUUUUUGUGUUUUAUUUGCCAAAUGUUACCAAACAGGCAGCGGCGCGCAGCCCAAAUCGGACCUCAGCUUUACUAUCGCUUCGAAUCAAAAAUAGAAAAAACAAAACAAAAACAAAAACAAAAAAAAGAUAGAAACACAAACUCGAGCCCUUGUUGUGCAAAAGCAAUCUCAGGAACGGCUCUGGGCCACCUAAUGCUAAGGCUGUAAUCGGCCGGGGUACCUCCCGGCGGGCCACGGGCUCCUCUAAAAAUGUGGCAGUGUGCGAGGCGAGAACAAAAACGCAGGCAAAAAAAAAGGCACUGGCGAUGAAUUCAAGGAAGAUGUCCACGUGUGAAGCAUAUGGUGAAUAAUUCACAAUCUCUCAUCUUUCCUCCACAGUCGCUUGUUUUUUGGUCAUUCCACUGAAAAAAAAAAAAAAAAGAAAAAAGAAAAAAAAAGAACAUUUUUCUCGAGGGGAAAAGAGAGAGAGAAGGGCGGGGGGGAUGCGAACAGAUAGGGAAGGAAGGAAGCAAGGAAGGAAGGAAGGGAAGAGCGAGAGAAAGAGAUGUAUCUAAAUGGCCGGAGGAGUGAAGGAAUGCUGCUAACAGAUCUCUGAGAGUUUACCUUUACUUGCUGUUCGAAGGCAUCUUUCCGAAUUCACUGCCUUUAAUUUUUUUCCUCCUCUUUGUUUUAGAUGUUACACAUAACCAGUAAAAUACCUGAAUAUCCAACUGUAGAGAUCACAAAAGGGGGCUUAAAUGUAAACCUGAAGAAAAACAAAACAAAACGCCAACAACAGCAAAAUGAUUUUGAAAAAAAAAAAAGAGCCUUGAUUUUAAAAGAGAAGAAAAAUGUAAUUUAAACAAAAGUUUAUUAUAAAGUCAAUUCAGCAAAAAAAAAAAGAUUUGCUACAAAGUAUAGACAGAAGUAUAAAAUAAAAGUUAUUGUUUGAAA